UCCGCGGACGCCGCGCCGGGUGCAGACCUGGAAGGAGAGGCCCAGUGGCGCAGGGGAUCCAGAGGAUUCUCUAUCCAGGAUGACUUCAGAGACUAGAUCAGAGACUGUAGAAGAACCGUCUGCCCAUCCUCAAGACAGGAGGCAAUCCUGGCGGCGAGCAAGUAUGAAGGGAAUGAACCGGCGGAAGUCACUGCCUCCAUUUCAUCAGGGCAUCACAGAACUAAGCAGAUCCAUCAGCAUCAACUUAAUGGAAAGCAAACGACUUGGCAGUCUCCUGGUUUCCAGUUUCCAGUUCUCUGUUCAGAAACUUGAACCUUUCCUAAGGGACACUGAGGGCUUCAAUCUUGAAAGUUUUAGAGCCAAAGCAUCUUCUCUUUCUGAAGAAUUAAAACUUUUUGCAGACAAACUGGAAAGUAAUGGAACUCUACAGAAGUGUUUUGAAGAGUCAGAAGGAAAAGCAUCAGAUUCGUCUCUGGAAACAUCAGUGGCUGAGAUGAAGGAAUAUAUAACAAAAUUUUCUUUAGAACGUCAGGCUUGGGAUCAACUCUUGCUGAGCUACCAGAAGGAAGCUGAAGAGACCAUAUCCAGAGGAUCAACUGAAACCAAAAUUACUGAAGUUGAGGUGGAACCUACAGCAUAUCUUGGGUCUUCCCAAAGUGAAGUCCUUCAUACAAAGCCUGACUACCAGAAAAUACUACAGAACCAGAACAAAGUCUUUGAUUACAUGGAGUUGAUGAUGGACGAACUGCAAGGAUCAGUGAGGCAGCUGCAUGCCUUUAUGGAUGAAAGUACCCAGUGCCUCCAGAAGGUGUCUGUACAGCUCGGGAAGAGAAGCACACAACAAUUAGAUCCCUCACCAGCUCGAAAACUGCUCAAGCUUCAGCUACAAACACUGCCUACCGCGCAUUGCUCUAAAUCUUGUCAGUGACCUCAUACAGCUUUUUGGCCACAAGGUGCUCUAGAGGAGAAAAAUGGGAAGGGUGUUCCAGGACAUGGUGACUGUGUGGCAAACUGAGCUGUUGCUAUCUGCCCUGUUGCUUUUGAGAGUAACUGCCUGACUGCGGAGCACUUAGAUUGUUUUCCCUAAAAGUGACAACAUUUAUGCAUCCAAAGGGACUUUGUAUAGACACUUUUUCCAAGAAUGUAAAAUACUUUAAAUUUCUGUUUUGGAAUGACCUUCAGAACUAGUGGCCUAAUUUUUUAAAUAUCCUUUAUGAUCAGAAAUCUUCAUCUUAUGUAGAUGUUUUUCAAGAUUUAAAACAUCCAAAGUCAUUCAGUAUCAAACCCAAUGAAACACUUCAGGGGUUUGUUGGGUUCUGGUUGUAAAGGAAUGAGACUCAUUUUCUGGUGUGACUCUGAAGGUGAUUUUAGGUAGAGAAGUUGUGGGCAUUGUUUCCAUCAUGUGGACACAUAUGAUAACUUAAUUGUCCGACUGCCGUAUAUCACUGAAUUGAAGGAAAUACCACAAAUUCUCUAUGUCUUGAUGCUCAUGGUGUGCUUCAGCUUUUAAUAGUACGUCAGCUUCCUAAAUCCUGGAUUCAUGGCAAGAAGGGGCUAAGUAUUCCUUUUUAUUCUCUUAUUUGUUAAUAAUUUCAUUAUAUAAUUGUAGAUAAUUAAAGGCUUUUCCCUUGUCUUUUUGUAUAUUUUGAAUGUAUUAAGAAAUUAAAAGGGUUGGAGUGCUUAGCAGAAAAUAGGAUUCUUUGUCAAGAUGUGGAAGUGAACAGUAGUGUAGAGAUAUGCCUCAUCAUUAUUUACUGAUAAAACACCACCUAAUUUAUUGUUAAUGUUUUUAUUCUUUCAUCCUCCUAGUAGGACAAAACAUUUCAUUUAACUACCUAGUCAUAAUCUUAAGUCUUAAACCUUGGCCUAAGCACCAGUUAGUGAGAGGUGAUAUCUCCUUGCUUUGACCUACAUUCCAUAUUAUUUCAUAUAUUUAGACCCCCCUCCUAUAUGCCAGGCACAGUUCUAGGAACUGGGGAGAAAGCAACAAAAACAGACAUGGGACCUCCAGUCACAAUGCUCAGUCUAGUUGGGACAUGGAACAAGAAGAGAUA